AUGUCUUCUGGAAGACCUAUUAAGUGUGUGGUGGUUGGUGAUGGAACAGUGGGAAAGACCUGUAUGCUAAUAUCUUACACGACUGACAGCUUUCCCGGAGAAUAUGUACCUACUGUAUUUGACAACUAUUCUGCUCCUAUGGUGGUGGAUGGUGUUGCUGUGUCGUUAGGGUUGUGGGAUACAGCUGGUCAAGAAGACUACGAUAGACUGCGCCCAUUAAGUUACCCUCAGACAGAUGUGUUUCUGAUUUGUUUUAGUGUUACAAGUCCAUCAUCGUAUGAGAAUGUGACCUCAAAAUGGUAUCCAGAAAUUAAACAUCACUGUCCUGAUGCCCCUAUUAUUUUGGUUGGUACAAAAAUAGAUCUAAGGGAUGACCGUGAAACUUUGAGUUUGCUCUCAGAGCAAGGAAUGUCACCGCUGAAAAGAGAACAAGGACAAAAGCUCGCAAAUAAAAUAAGAGCUGUAAAAUAUAUGGAGUGCUCAGCAUUGACUCAACGUGGGCUUAAGCAGGUGUUUGACGAAGCUGUUCGUGCUGUAUUAAGACCAGAGCCUCAGAAAAGACAUCAAAGGAAGUGUCUGAUCAUGUAA